CGCCGCAGAAUUUAAUGAAUUGAAGAAAUGUCUUGUUAAAGCCGCCGCGAGCAGUAAUACAAGAUUAUAAACAAGCUUGGAACUCAAUUAUUGAAUAUCUGUGAAUUUGAUUUAAUGUCGUACCUUUUAACUAUAUGAGAAUGAAUAUCAUAUACAAUAAAGUAAAUAACUUGUCAUUUACGUCACACUGUCUAUUGGCGUUUGUUAUACGAUUAAUCUUGAUACUAUAUGCCAAUUUUCACGACAAGUACUUCACUGUACCGUAUACAGAUGUGGACUAUAAGGUAUUUACUGAUGCCGCUAGGCAUGUAAUAGAUCAACAAUCACCGUUCGAGCGUCAUACUUAUCGUUAUUCGCCGUUUCUAGCUUGGUUCUUGACACCAAACAUCAUAUUAUACAAAGACUAUGGAAAGAUUUUAUUUUCUAUAAUAGAUAUAUUGAUAGCAAUUUUGAUUAAAAAUAUUCUUGCUCGACAGAAAUGUAAUGAGACUCUAAAACAUCUCUGUGCACUCUUGUGGCUCUACAAUCCAUUAACGUUAGUGAUCUCAACGAGAGGUAACGCAGAUUCGUUGGCUGUUUAUUUAGUUAUAAUCACAUUAGAUUUAUUACAGCAAGAUAAAGUUAUACUGGCGGGAUUAUUUCAUGGGAUAUCCGUGCAUUUUAGAUUAUAUCCAUUGAUGUUUAGUUUACCCAUGUUCUUAUCCUUAUGUAAAAAUAAUCGUUUUCUGCCAAACAAGAAUCAAUGGAUACUUAUGUUGAGUUGCGCAUUUUCACUUGUUACACUGACAAUCACGGGUUAUUAUUUAUACGGCUUCAAAUUUUUGUACGAGAGCUUUCUGUAUCAUUUAAUGCGUAAAGACGUAAGACACAAUUUUUCCGUAUAUUUUUACAUGCUUUAUUUAUCUGCUAAUCAACCUCAGGAUAUAAUUCAGAAGCUCGUUACUUUUUUGCCGCAAUUGUUACUAUUGUUGACGUCGUCAUAUUAUUAUUCGGAAAAAUCUAAGUUGCCAUUCGCUAUGUUCAUCCAGGCGAUAAUCACGGUAACAUAUAAUCCAGUGGUAACUUCUCAAUAUUUCUUCUGGUUUUUAUCCUUGUUACCACUCUGUUUGCCAAAUAUCAAAAUGAGUCUUUGUAGAAGCACAUGCCUGAUAUGUUCUUGGAUUUUAAGUCAGGCUAUUUGGUUGUUAAUUGCUUAUAUGCUAGAAUUUCAAAGCUUUAAUUCGUUCAAUUUUCUUUGGAUAUCUGGUCUGUUAUUUUUUGCUGUUAAUGUAAAAAUUUUAGUUGAUAUUAUCUGUCACUAUAAUUGCUGAUUAUAAAUAUGUAGCAUUUAUCUCAUAUUUGAGAUAUUAAUCUUUGUAUGCUUGCAAGAAAUAAAUUAAUUUGAAAAAACUGUAUUUUUAU